AUGGGGGCACAUUCUCCCCACUCGCGCCAGUCCUUGGAUGGGAUCGAGACCAGCAUUGGUCUGCCAAGUCAUGAACUCAACUCCCCACAGAUUGAUGCCUCUAGCGAGGACGAAAACGACAGUAUAGACACUGCGAUAAAUGAUGGCCGUUCGCCACCACAAGCCCCGGACAUUGCUCCGCUCAUGACGGGUCAUCGCCGGUUUCCUUCAGCGGACGAUGAUAUCCACGCCAGUGAUAACGAGACUGAGAAUGAUCAUGUCGAAGUUGAAGCCGAGAAGCCGGUGACAUGGAGUUCUUUGCCAAAGAAAGGGCAGCUAGCAAUUCUCACCUUUGCACGAUUGUCCGAACCCCUCACCCAGACCUCGCUGCAGGCCUAUAUGUUUUAUCAACUUAAAUCAUUUGACCCUUCUUUGCCUGAUUCAGCCAUCUCUGCGCAGGCGGGUGUCCUGCAGGGAAGCUUUACUGCAGCGCAAUUCCUAACAGCGGUCUUUUGGGGCCGACUGGCAGAUGCUCCAUGGAUGGGUCGGAAAAGAGUACUCCUCAUCGGCUUGUUGGGAACAAGCAUCUCCUGCGUCGGUUUUGGCUUCUCUCGGUCUUUCAUGGCUGCCGCAAUUUUUAGAACACUCGGUGGCGUACUGAACAGUAAUGUCGGGGUAAUGAGGACAUUGAUUGCCGAAAUUAUCGCUGAGAAAAAGUUCCAAUCACGAGCAUUCUUAUUACUCCCGAUGUGCUUCAACAUUGGCGUCAUUAUUGGUCCAAUAUUAGGAGGAUCACUCGCAGAUCCGGUCAACAGCUUCCCAUCAUUGUUUGGCCCUGGAUCGGCUUUGGGUGGUCAAGACGGAGUAUGGUGGAUGCAAAGAUGGCCAUAUGCACUUCCAAACGUGCUAAGCGCGAUUUUCAUCUUCAUGUCAGUAAUUGCCGUCUUUCUCGGCCUUGAUGAGACCCACGAGACAGCUCGCUAUAGAAGUGACUGGGGCCGAAAGUUAGGGAAGAGAAUCACUCGUGCAUUCACCAGAACCCCUCAACACUAUAGGCCAUUGACACGCGCAAAUGACGACGACUCUUUGUACCUGGAAGGCAGCGUGGGCCCUUGGUCAGCGCCAUCAAGUCCAAUUCGCUCCCGCGCACCUCCACUCCCCCGUCCACACAAGCGUCCUGGGCUCAGACAAAUAUUUACUCGCAAUAUCAUGAUUACGUUACUGGCGCACUUCCUGCUCGCCUUCCACACCAGUGCCUUCAAUGCUAUGACGUUCACUUUCCUACCGACACCCCGGGCCUCUGAAUCUUCCCGACAAGGCUGGUUCCACUUUGGUGGAGGCCUUGGCUUGCCUUCUGCACGCGUCGGUCUUGCGACAGCCAUUAUCGGUUUCAUUGGUCUCCCGUUGCAAAUUCUUGUAUACCCCCGUGUUCAGGCAAAGCUGGGAACACUUGCCUCGUUCCGCAUGUUCCUGCCCUUUUCGCCAAUUUCCUACCUUCUCAUGCCUUUCCUCGUCAUUCUUCCUCGCAUCCCAUGGAUUGUGUGGCCCUCCUUCACUCUGGUAGUGUCGUUGCAGGUCAUUUCCCGCACAUUUGCUCUACCAGCAGCCAUUAUUCUGGUCAACAAUUGUGUUACAGAUCCUUCAAUCUUGGGAACGGUCCAUGGUAUUGCACAGAGUAUUUCUAGCGGGGCUCGCACAUUGGGACCCCUGCUUGGUGGUUGGGGUCUUGGCCUGGGUCUUGCAAAUAACAUGGUAGGCGCAGUCUGGUGGGCUUUGGCUGUUGAAUCUUUGAUUGGAUGGUUCGUGCUCUGGUCGGUGCACGAAGGUCAAGGAAUACAGCCCGUUAAAAAGGCAGUGGGUGAGGAGGAUGAUUCUUGA